CGAACGUGACGGACGUGUCUACCGCUGUUCUGUGCAGAUAUUCACGCGUUCCCGAGUCGUGUGCCGUGUUCUAUAAUGACAAUAGUGUAUCACAGUGCGCCCUAGUGGAUGUUGCUAUUUGUUUAGUUAUUUAAAUAAAUAUUCGAUCAAAAUUACAGAACGCAAACUCAUAGCGACAUCCUCUACGUUUCGUUCUAGAAACUGAGACUUUAAAAAGGAGAGUACACUUUGUGUAGUGAGUGUGCCAUGCUGACAAGUACUAGUUCUUGAGUGUGUGUGUGUGCGAUGGCGCGGGGUGUACUCGUGGCCUUUGCCAUCCUGGUGUGUUUGAUGGCGCUGAUGCGAGUAGCGUUAUGCCAUUACACGCCAACAUGGGCAGUCCAUGUUCCCGCGGGGAAGGAGACAGCAGAUGCCGUCGCACUGGAUCACGGAUUCGUCAAUCUUGGAGAGAUAUUCGAAAACCACUACCACUUCCAUCACAACGCGGUAGCGAAGCGGUCAUUGUCACCGGCCAACGAGCAUCACGGUCGGCUGGAGGUAGACGAGCGCGUGAAAUGGGCGAAACAGCAGAAAGUCCUGUCCAGAAAGAAGCGGGAUUUUCAGACGAUACCCGACAGUACCAGUACAGCUGCAACGAAAUCAUCGGAGGCGCCCUCAAUGAAGAGGGAAACCGGCUCGAAACGCGAGCUGCACUCCAGAGUGAAAGGGAGACCCCGUUCCGCCGAUUCCAAGUUCCAAUUAAACGAUCCCAAGUGGCCGCAUAUGUGGUACCUGAACCGAGGUGGUGGUUUAGAUAUGAACGUGAUCCCGGCGUGGCGGGAAGGAGUCACAGGCAGAGGCGUGGUGGUCACGAUCCUGGACGAUGGCCUCGAGACCGACCAUCCCGAUUUGGUUGCAAAUUAUGACCCAAUGGCAUCGUACGACGUGAACUCGUACGACUCGGAUCCGCAGCCACGCUACGACAUGAUCGACUCAAACCGACAUGGGACGAGGUGUGCUGGAGAAGUCGCUGCUACUGCAAACAAUUCUCUGUGUGCUGUUGGGGUCGCAUUUCAAGCUAGUGUUGGAGGUGUACGCAUGCUUGACGGUGAUGUCACAGAUGCAGUAGAAGCACGGUCCUUAAGCCUGAACCCUCAGCACGUGGACAUCUACAGUGCCUCCUGGGGACCUGACGAUGACGGGAAGACUGUUGAUGGCCCUGGAGAACUCGCUACCAGAGCGUUUAUUGAAGGUGUUACUAAGGGUCGAAAUGGCAAAGGGUCCAUCUUCGUCUGGGCAUCAGGCAACGGCGGCAGGGAACACGACAAUUGCAACUGUGAUGGCUACACCAACUCGAUUUGGACUUUGUCAAUAUCAUCAGCGACGGAGCGCGGCGAUGUGCCUUGGUACUCAGAAAUGUGCAGCUCGACCCUCGCCGCUACCUACAGUUCCGGUGCUACGAAUGAGAAGCAAGUGGUAACUACGGAUCUGCACCAUGCAUGCACGACGGGACACACGGGCACUUCCGCGUCCGCUCCGCUCGCUGCGGGCAUAUGCGCGCUCGCUCUGCAAGCAAACCGGGAUCUUACAUGGAGAGAUAUGCAACAUAUAGUGGUUCGGACUUCAAGACCGGAGCGUCUAAGCCUUGAUGGGGAAUGGCGCGUCAACGGCGUGGGUCGGAAUGUCUCGCACUCUUUCGGCUACGGGCUGCUGGAUGCAGCGGGUAUGGUACGACUUGCGCGCACGUGGAGAACCGUGCCACCGCAAAAGAGAUGCGAGUUAGCAGCUCCAAGACCUCAGAGACCUGUUCCACCGAGGUCUUCCAUAACUUUGCAGCUGGAUGUAUCCACGUGCCCGGGGGUAAACUAUCUGGAGCAUAUCCAGGCGCGAGUUUCGCUGUCGGCAGCCCGCCGCGGGGACCUUCGCAUCGCACUCACGUCGCCUGCUGGCACCAGAGUUACCUUGCUAGCUCCUAGGCCGCACGACUCAUCGCGCGCGGGUUUCAGCUCAUGGCCUUUUAUGUCGGUGCAUAUGUGGGGAGAGGGACCCCUCGGUCUUUGGCAACUAGAGGUCUCCAAUGAAGGGCGGUAUAUGGCUGGUCCGUUGACGCAAUGGGAGUUGAUAUUCUAUGGCACGGAGACGCCAGCGCAAGAAUACGACGCAUCUCCUGAGAGCAACUCCCUGGGAACAAGUGGUGCUACUUCGUGGAGCGCCGUACAUGUGCCUGAUCCCCCAGAAGCAGUGGGACAGAACACUAUUGAAGAUGAUCUGGCUCUCGUAUGGCAUGAUUCGCAUGCGAUUCGUGAGGAGGGUCCAGCUGUAGAAGCGGGCGGGUACGCGGCCAGUGGUUGCGUCACACACGGUGCCCAGCCGCCUCACCAGUGUCUAGAAUGCGCGAAGGGUAUGCAUUUGUACGACGGACGAUGCUAUCAGCUUUGCCCGGGUGGAACGUACGCCAUCGAACGAAGCUCUCGCAGGCGUAACCUUACUUUGUUAGAGACUGGUGGUCCUUCGGUCGUAAUGAAGCGACAGGGCAAUUCCGCUAAGCAAAGAUCAACGGAGGCGCGCGAUAUGGAACCACUAGCUAAUUUAUCUAAAUUACCUUCUUAUUGUCUGCCUUGCCAUUACACUUGCGCCACUUGUACAGGUCCACAAAACAGCCAGUGCUCUUCGUGUUUAGAUGACGCCCAACUCUUCAAUCUUACAGAUUUUGAGCCGAAAUUUUACUGCUAUCCUAAUGCAGUUCUACCACAAAUUGACAUGGCUAAUUGGCACUAUAAAAUGAAUGUAAAUCUUGUUAUCGCUUUAAUAAUUAUUGUCAGUCUUAUUUCAUUGUACGUGAUAUUCUGUACACUUCGACGGUUGGGUUUUUGUUGCUCUGGUAACAACUACGAUUCUAAUAUUAAGUCAGCGUAUGAGUAUAAUAAGUUGGCGGUAGAUGAGAAGCACCAGAGCGCCAUAGAAAUUGAGGAGGAAAUUCACAAAGCCCUCAAUAAGUAUUCAAGUGAAAGUGAGUCGGAGGACGAUAUGAAUUUAUAGCAUCUCUUGACAUUCCGCCCUGAGUAUUACGAAUUGAUACAUCAUAAGUAGGGUUUAUUUUCCUACCAGAGCAGCUUUUAAUGUUUUAUGAUGAAAUAGAUUGUCACAAUAAUUAUUGUGUAGUAGGUACAUUAAUUGUUAUUAAUAAUAAAAGUUGUGAACGUAGUUUAGGAAACUAGCAACAGAUGUAAAGAAGACAUCCAUUAAAAAAAAAUGUACAAAAAGUUUUUUUUUUUGUAAUUUUGUAUUAAUUAGUCCAAAGACCUUAUAAAAUUUCACAUUUCGGCUCUCACAUCUUGUAUCUUUUGUCUUCAGCUCGGUAUUAUUUUUCGUUACUAAAUCAAUCUAAUAAAUAUUCAAACUAUUAUAAUGUCUGUUAGAUUAAUUCGUAAAACGGUAUAUCUAUGCGUAUUUUUCAUCACAUUCCACGUAUUAUAAAUCUAAGUGUAGCGUAGUAAAUGUAUCUACGCAGCUAUUAUAAUUUUAAGUAAAAGUAGUAGGUAAAUAUAUUUUAAUAAGGACGGCGAUUAGGAAACGAAGGUGAAACAUGAAAGGCAAAGUUAAAAGUCAGUUGACAUUGUUGCAUUAGCUCCGAAUGAUUGGGUUUCAAUCGAAGCAUGUUUUUUUUUUAAAUAAAAACGAUUGUCCGAAUCAUAUUAGCAUAACUGAAGUAUAACACGUCCUUCCUUGGCGUAGGAUUUUUUUUAUUUUUCUAUCCAGGUUUCGUCUCCCCUUUUCUUGUCUGUUUUUUUCUAUAAAAAGUCAAAUAUACAAUUUUUAAACGGCAUAAGCUAUAACUUCGUGAUUAAAACUUGUUUAAAAUUAUUUGCUUACUGUUUUACAAUAUUUUAGUUUUAGAAUUGUGCUAUAAUCUUGCGGAUAGUUAUUUGUUAAUUUUCUAAUAGACAACUAAGCUGUCGAACAAAUUAAUCGUUAAGCUGUCACUCACUUUCCUUUUCCUUGAUCUACCUUAAAGGUAUUUUGUGAAUAGCCUAUUUAGGUAUUUUCUUUACUAAUACAUUAAUAAUAUAAGUUGGUCUUAUUUUUCUACGAUUUAUUCCCUUAAAUGGUCACUUUUUAAUAAUAAGUUAUUAUAACAUUUCUGUAUUACUUUCAAUAUCGUAAAUUUUAUCAAUACAAUAAAUAUAAUAAUGCAUAAUAUUAUGAGUUAGAGAUUUGCUCAAGUUGCCAUUUCGUUAGGUAGGUAACGAUGUGUAAAUAAUUAAUUGAAUGUUUGUAAAUAAACG